AUGUCACAACAUCCUUUAGAUGACUGUACUUAUUCAACACCUCAGGGAAGCGUCGACUCAUUACCUCCCUUGACAGACGACGACCUCUCGGGAUUUGUCAGAAAGCUGUCUAGUGCUUACCCAAAGGAUGAUAAGAUCAUUCGUGCCGCAAGUCCUCACGGUCGUAGAUACCUGAAACCUAUUAAUGGUAUUCAAACCAAAGGAUUUGCUCGCUCGGCUUUAAGAAGGUCUUCUGUUUUGACUUUAGGCUCUAUCGAACGAUUACAAAACUUUUACGCCAAGAGAGAGCUCAAAGUGAACAAAGGUGGCACCUUGGGCUUCCAAAAGACCUUGACGGAAGAACCAGAUGAUUUUGACGAGCAGCUACCAACACCCAAAGCACCACCUCCAAGCUGGAUAGACCUGGACGUUGAAACAGAUUUAGAUGUACUAUUGAACAUCUGCUUUGGCGAUAUACAACAUACCUUGACCACUUGGUCCAUGGUGGUGGGUCCUCGACAGUCCUCGUCGUCAUCAACCUCCUCCCAUCCACUAUCUUCCGAUAGUGCGGAUGAUUCAUCCAGGGCAGCAACCCCUACAGAAGGAAAUUUCCAAAUCUUGCCACUCAUUCAGUCCGUCACCAAGAUGCUCGAUUCAGUGCGCAACUAUACUGUUCACAGACACGAUCUCUCUGACUCUGCCCUGGCAAAGUUAAGACAAGCUUCCUUGGCUCUGCUCGAAGCUAUGAAGGACUUGGAAAAUCAGUACAGAGAAGAAGGAAACGAUGAGGAAGGAUAUCUGUAUAAGGCGUCUGAAUUUAACCUGCUGGAACGGGAACGACAGGCCAUUCACAACUAUCUACGAGCUGUUGAAACAUACGCAUUUAAUCCACCUCAUCAUAUAGGAAGUCCACCCGCUGUGUUUACUCCUGAAAUUCAAGCCUUGAUGGGCAGGACAUCUAUUUUGAGCCUGUCGGAUGAUGAAUUGAAUGAAAAUAAUACCAAGAAAGUAGCAAACAGUAUACCCGUGUGGCUCGAGCGCGGUUCCUUUCCUAACGAUUCCCUAGGUAGAUACCACGCUUUACUUGUUGAUAAUCAAGCAACAAGUGAUUCCAAUGAAGAAAUAAGUAUACCAGAUCCAAAAGAAGACGAAGAUGCUUUUCUGGGAUGUUUAGCGGAUGGAAAGGCUCUCUGUAUCGCAUAUAAUAAUAUAGUCAAACGAUCCAAGCGUCCCUUUGGAUUCAUCAACAAGAUCCACAGUGACACUCGUCGAACUUAUAGAGCAGUUGAAAACCUUCGAUUCUUUACUGCUGCCUGCAAAUUCCGAUUUGAGCUCACCUUUGACGAAUUUGAUCCUUCUGAAAUAGCUCGAAAGACAGAUAAGGGACUAGUCAUGAUUAAAAACAUAGUAGCCGCGUUCUGUGAUUGCGUCAUUUGUGAAUUACGAGAGCAAGUAGACAUGAUUCAAAAGCAAAAAUAA